AUGAGCUCCUUCACCAUUGUGGAAAACCUUACCAACCACAGGCUUCUGUCUCACCUGACAGCCCUGGAUCAGUAUCAGCUAGAGGAAUUCAAACUUCACCUCCAACCACCGGGGAGCUCCGAGUGGGUCCUCGGCACAAACAGCAUUCAGUUCUCCUGGCCAAGAAACUCACGGGUCCCCUGGGCAGAGCUGAGGGCUGCUGAUGCUGUGAACCUCUUCUUCCUUUUGAACAAGAACUUCUCAGAAUGGCAGGUGUGGGAAGUGGCCCUCAGCAUCUUCCAGAAAAUGAAUCUGACUUCGCUGUGUGAGGAAGUUAGAGAAGAAAUGAAAGGGCAUGUGCAGACCCAGGAACCCCAAGACCCAAACACAGAAGAACCAGAGGUGCUAGAAGGAGAAACAGGGCAUGUGCAGACCCAGGAACCCCGAGACCCAGACAAAGAAGCGGCAGAGGUGCUAGAAGGAGAAACAGAAUAUAGAAGAGAAUUCCGAGAGAGGUUGAAGAAUAACAUAUUGGCAACAUGGGACAAUAUCUCUUGGCCUGAAGACCACAUGUAUGUCUGCAGUACAUCCGAGAAUGAACGUGAAGAGAUGCAGAGACUACUGGAUCCUAACAGGACUGGAGCCCAGGCCCAGACGAUAGUCUUGGAGGGCAGGCCAGGAGUUGGGAAAACCACCAAGGCAAUGAAGGCCAUGCUGUAUUGGGCAGAUGGCAUCCUCUUUCAGCGUAGGUUCUCCUAUGUUUUCUAUCUCAGCUGCCUUAAAAUGAAAUACGUGGAGGAGAUUACCUUUGCUGACCUGCUUUCUUGGGACCAGCCCAACUCUCAGACCCCUAUUGAAGAGUUCAUGUCUCAAUCUGAGAAGCUCCUGUUUGUUGUUGAUGGCUUUGAGGAAAUGACCAUACCUGAGCCAAGCCCUUAUCCCUUGGGGGACAGCCUGCCAUGCACAGACUGGUACCAGAAGCUCCCGGUGAUCCAAAUCCUACUCAGCUUGUUGAAGAAAGAGUUGGUUCCCCUGGCUACCUUACUGAUCACGACCAGGAUGCCUCAUACAAAAGCUCUUGAGAAGUUGUUAGUGAAUCCAUGCUUUGUACACAUCACAGGGUUCACAGAGGAAGACCAAGAGGAGUAUUUUGUCAGUCACUUUGGUGACCAAAGAAAAGUUAAGACAAUCUUGGAACAGAUAAGACAGAACGAAAUUCUCUUUAAUUUCUGCAGUGCCCCCAUGGUGUGUUGGACUGUAUGUUCCAGCCUGAAGCAGAUAAAGGAGAGAGAUUAUGAUCUCCAGCCAAUCACUGAGACCACCACCAGUCUGUAUGCCUAUUUUUUCUCCAACUUGUUCUCAACAGCAGAGGUGGAUUUGGAAGAUCAGAGCUGGCCAGAACAGUGGAACAUCCUCUGCACCAUGGCCGUGGAGGGGAUGUGGUCUAUGAACUUCAACUUUAGAGAAGAGGACAACCAGCUCAUGGAAGUGCCCUUAAUUGAGUCUCUCCUCCAUUUAAAUAUUCUUCAGCUUGUCAGUGACUAUGAGGAUUGCAUUACCUUCACCCAUUCAAGUUUCCAGGAGUUUUUUGCAGCCAUGUUCUAUGUGCUAGAGGAAUCUCAAGAAUUCCUUCAUUGGUCCAAAAAGCAUGAAGAGAUGAAGAUAAUAUUGAGGUCUGUUUUGGUCAACAAAGAGCCCUACUGGACUCCAGUGGUUCUUUUCUUGUUUGGUCUUUUAAAAAAAGACCUAGUAAGAAAACUAGAGGAUACUUUGCACUGUAAAAUGUCUUCCAGGGUAAUGGAGGAGUUAUUAGAGUGGAAAGAAGAAUUAGAUAAGUCUGACACUGCCUCUGUCCAAUUUGACAUUCUACAAUAUUUUCGCUGUCUACAUGAGACCCAGGAGGAAGAUUUUAUAAAGAAGAUGUUGGGUCACAUCUUCGAAGCUGACCUUGAUAUUUUUGGGAACAUAGAACUCCGAGCUUCUUCAUUUUGCCUAAAGCACUGUAAAAGUUUAAGUAAGCUGAGGCUUUCUGUCAGAAUCAUCCCUGAAAGGGCAACAGGAUUUCUGGACCAACGCUACUCCAGGAUGCGGCAGUGGGGCGAUAUUUGCACCGUGUUUACCACCCACAGGAAUUUGCGUGAGCUGGAUCUGAGUAACAGCGAGCUGAGUGACUCCUCCAUGGGGAUGCUCUGCUGUGUGCUGAGGAAUCCACAGUGUCAACUUGAAAAGCUGACGUGCAGAUCAAUAACUCCUGUGUCGGUUCUAGCAAAGCUUGAUCAGGUCCUAUACUGGAACAAGAAGCUGUCCUAUCUGAACUUGAGUUCUAACAAGCUGGAGGAAGUUAGCUGGAUUCUCCGAGCCCUGAGACACCCAGCCUGCAACCUCAAGUAUCUGUGGUUGGAAUCGUGUGGCCUUGUCUCUGUGGUGUGUUGGGAUCUCUUCAGGAAACUCAGAGCGAAGUCCAGUCUGAAGUUCCUCAGCCUGGGAGACAAUGAUUUCUCUGACAUGAAAGGCCUGAGUCAGCCCUCUAGGAUACGGAAUUUUCCCCUGAAGGACCUGUCCCUGGAGAGAUGCAACCUGUCAGUGGCCACCUGUCCCCACCUGGCCUCGUUUCUCAUCAACGUCCAGAAAAUGACUCGACUGUGUCUGGGAUUUAAUCAGCUUCAAGACAAUGGCGUAGAGGUGUUGUGUGGUGCCCUGACACACUCUAGGUGUACCUUAGAGAGAUUGGAACUUUGGUUUUGCCAGCUUGGAGCACUCAGUUGCAGGCACUUGUCAGCCGCUCUCCUUAAGAACAACAGUUUGAAACACCUGAACCUGAGCAAGAACAACCUGAGAGAUGAGGGAGUGAAGUUUCUGUGUGAGGCCCUGAGUCGUCCUGAGUGCAAUCUGAAGAGCCUGGAUUUGUCAGGCUGUAGCUUCACAGCAAAGGGCUGUCAGGAGCUUGCUGAUGCUCUCAAGCAUAAUCACAAUCUGAAAAUUUUGGAUAUUGGGAGAAAUGAUCUUCAGGAUGAUGGAGUAAAACUACUGUGCGAGGCUCUGAAAGCUUCAAAUUGUGCAUUGAACACUUUGGGGUUGGAGAAAUGCAAUCUGACAGCCGCUUGCUGCCAGCAUCUCUCCUCUGUUCUCAGCAGCUGCAACAGCCUCGUUAACCUGAACCUUAUCGGCAACGACUUGGAGACCGAUGGAGCCAAGAUGCUGUGUGAGGCCUUGAGAAAUUCAAUGUGUAAUCUACAAAAACUUGGGCUUCAAGACGACUUGCACAAUAUAGUAAGGGAAGAGUUACUGACAUCACGGAAGGAGUUAUUUCUGAAACUCAAGUGUACUUGGGAUUUUAACAACCCUGAAGACAGAUGGUGGUGGUGAUCCCACGGGUGUGCCACAGCGUUACCGUGGAACGAUCUUGGAGUAAAACCUCCAGAGACCCUGACCUGUGUGUUGCUCUGAUGUUGCUGUUCAUGGGGACAGAUGAGCUGUUACCUCCGGAAGCUUUCUCGCCAUGGGAGACAGCCUGCUAGACACCCAUCUCUAGAAUCCUAGUCGAACACUGUGUCUGGUCCCAAGAUUAUAAGUUGGCUUUCCCUUAAGUCUCUUUUUGUCCUUGGUAUAAUGUUUUUAAUUUUGAAGGUGUUGAGAGGAUCCAAUAAAGCA